UGGUUAAGCUCUUUGCCUGCCACCGUGGGGGACUAAGGUUCAAGACCCCGACUGGACCAUCCGCCAACAUCCCCCGGACUCACGGCUGUGGUGUCCUUGAGCAAGACACUGAUACCCCGAAAUGCUCUUCGUGCGCUUCAGCUGCCCCCUGCUCCAGCGUGUUCCACUAACAUGUUGGCGGUAAUGCACCUUUAAGAUGGUUUGCCAGCCACCAGUAAACACCACAGAAGAAGAAUAAGGCGGAAGUUAGCAUCGCAACCAAAGCUGCAGCGACAACGAGGCAAGGUGCGAGUGUUUUCCAUUUAGUGUUUGAACUGUCUACGACAUCAACAUGUUGAAAGAGUUGGUAAGGGAGCGACUAAUCACGGCCGCCGAGGAAAUCUUCGGACUGUUUGAGAAAACGAUCGCGUCGUACGAGGAGCAACUUUGUCGGGCGAGAGAGGAGACCGAGCGACACCGACGACAACUGGAAGCUGUUUGCAACACUCAAAUUGUGAUACGCGUCCAAGAGGUUGGACAAGUGAUUGCUCGUCAGGAAGAACUUCCCACUGAGCCGCAGGAGGGCAGCUCCAGUUUGGAGCAAGAAUAUCCACAGCCCCCCUACGUUAAAGAGGAAGUGGAGGAGGCCGACAUCACCAAGUUGCCACUGACUGGUGUCUUUGUGGAGAGUGAACACGCCGAACCACGCAAGUCAUCAGAGGGUCAACAUUGCAGUCCAAGUGGAGACCAUCAUGGAGGACCACCACCAGACAACCUCUUUGCUUCAUUGUCAGACCGUGAUGACAUGAAAGAAUCUUUGAUGAGCGACACAGACUGUAAAGGUGACAAGAAACAGUUGGAAUUCUCUGAAAAGGAGACCACUCUAAAUAAGAAAGCUUUUGAAACGCACAUAAGAACACUCACGCGGGAAAACUCCCUUAGUUGCUCGUUAUGUGGCAAAAUAAAGGAAACCAUGCUAAAACACAUGACAACACCCGUAGUAGAAAAACCCUUUAGUUGCUCAGCGUGUGGUAAGUCAUUCUCUCAAAAGCCGAAUAUGUUAUCGCACAUGAAAACACACACUACAGAAAAACCUUUUUGUUGCUCAGUGUGUGGUAAAAGUUUCACUGCAAAGGCAGUUAUGGUGAAACACGUGAGAACACACACAGGAGAAAAACCUUUUAGUUGCCUAAUUUGUGGAAAAGCAUUUUCUCAAAAGCCACAUCUGGUGUCACACACGAGAACACACACUGGAGAAAAACCCUUCGGUUGCUCUGUCUGUACUAAAACGUUCUCUACUAAGUCACAAGUGGUAUCACACAAGAGAAUACACACAGGAGAAAAACCCUAUAAUUGUUCAGUUUGUGGUGGAAAUUAUGCUCGUAAGUCCUCUUUGACUGCACACAUGUGGACACACAGCAAAGAGGGAAUAAAUGUUCACUAGUACCCUGAAAUUCUGUGAGCUUCGAAGCAAGUGCUGUUUUCAUUGAACUUUGAAAUAUGAACAUUGAAUUGAAUGUCUUCUUCUGAAGAGCUGUACAUUAGUUGCUGUUUUGAUGUGCUCUGCAGUAUAAUUCACUGAUGUCAUUUUCAUUGUUCUGCACAUCUCAUUCAUCAAUGAUGUCUUCACUCAGUUUAGAUAUCUUAAUGGGAAACGAUUUACUCGUUUGUGUUAGUCACCUAGAAAGUGAUGCGCUGCUGUAUGUGCUUAAACCUGUCAUUGCCCAAAUACUUUCGGAUUUAACACACAAUGUGUUCUCAAAAGCAGUGGAAAACAUACAGUACAAAAGUCUUUUUAAAAUUAUUAUUAUUUGCUAUUAAGAUUUCCUUCCUUUCCAAAUUGGAAAAAAGUAACUACUCUGAUUUUUGUUAGUUGCUGAGCUGUAUUCUCUUUUGCUAUGGUUUCCCCCAAAAAGCUUCUUUAUACUGAUGUUUUUUAUUUAUACCGUGUCGUGUAGCACCGUGGGCCCUUGAGUACCAUAAUUUCAAUCCUGUGAAUGUGCUACGCAUAUUGUAGAAUUGACAAUAAAAGUACCUUGUACUUCGUACCUUU